GUUUAAUUGGGUACUUUUAAAAGUAGACACGAAAGUAGUAAAGUUUUAAAUGAGUAAUUUUUAAGUACACCAGUAAAUUUGUUAAUAUUUCAAUAAUUUUUUAAGUCUGAAAUAUGAUGCAGGAACGCCCCCGGUUGUUGGCCUUUUUGAAUGGUGAAUGAAACGAGAAGCCAGCCCAAAACGAAAAAACCCGCGGAAGUGAGCGAUCGAGUUAACGGUGUGAAACAGAUUUCUGACUUAUUUGGCCAACUUUCGGCAAGGUCAAUGUCGGGUGCGAUCGUCUGCAGACUGGGCCCAAACAAGACGAUCGCGAAACUGGGCGUGAAAGCCGCGUGGCGCCAACCAGUUGAUGACGUUCUGGCCAAGAUUUGCGAAGUUCCGCUCGGCCUGCGAUCAUUAUUUGAGGGUGCCGAAGGUCUUCUGGUUUUGUUUUUUGGCAAGCGUAUUUGGAAAAUUACCUAAGAACUCUGUGGUAUAAAAUAUUUUUGGGUUUUUCAGACAGUCUUCAGUUGUUAAUCUGCAUUCGACGGUUCCGGUUACGGAUAUGUUUCUACCCGCGCGUUUGGCUCUUCUGAGCCUUCUUUUUCUGGUGGUCUCUGGGCAGAGGAGUAAAGCCAGAGACAGUCGUCCUCAGGGCAGGACCCUGGGCCUAUUGACACCUCUCUUGCUUGGAGCUACUAGACCACUCUUUGAUGUGCCCCUGGUUGCAGAACCACCCUUAAGACCUGGUGCAGGAUCAGCAUCUGAAGGCACCCAGUCGGAUCCUGUGAACUCCUACUACGGCGGUGGCUAUCCUAGCUACGGAUACAGGCCCAGCUAUGGAUACGGGUAUCCCUCCUACGGUUAUAACUAUGGAUAUCCUGGAUUGGGCUACGGUUAUGGAAGCUACUACAGACCCAAUUACUACAACUAUGGAUAUCAGAGACCACAGCCGUAUUAUGGAUACAGACCAAAUUAUAGUUCCAUUGGAGCCUCAGCAUCCAGUGGAGGCUAUGGUAGCACAGCCAGCAUCUCGAGCUCUCCCUCCUCCAGUCCCACAACAUCGGCAGUUGGAGUGGGAUCGGGAGCGGGAUCAGCAUCUGGAGCUGGUACCCCACAGCUUACCACCGCCCAGCAAGCCCAGUUGGCCGGUAUUUUGGGCCAGGCUCUUGGCAGCAGUCUGCGCCCCCUGCUCGCGAAUGGGGGCGGGGCAGGCGGAGCCUCAGGUGCCGGAGCGAAUCCCCAAGCCCUAAGCGGUCUACUCAGUCUGCUCGGCUAG